CGUAGGUUCAGCACGUGCGACGUUCAGAGGACGUCGCGUCUUGCUUGCCGUCACGGGAUAUUGAUGAUAAAAACAACAUUUGGCCAUGUUGUAAAGAUUUAACCAAUACAAUGAUUACUUGGCAAGUCAUUAUCUUACACCUUGCCUGUGUAUUUGUUCAUGGAAAUAUGGAAAUAAGCUUCCUUACGGACCGGUCCCCACCCAGUACCAUCCCAUUGGAUGCCAACAAGAUAUACAGUGUACCUCUUAACCAGAGGAUAAGUAAGCCAGUAGUAGCUGUCAUCAAGAACAGUGGGGUGCAAGUAGAGACAGGAGAAUUGGCAUCAGCUCUUUGGUAUGUGGAGACAAUAGAUGUAACAACAGCAACGACACCUACCACACCAGAUCAGUGGAAAGCCAAUGGUGGAAAAUUAUGUCAGUGGGCAUACAAUGUUCCUUACCCUUUAAGAAUGGAUAGAAGAUUUUGCACAUUUUCUUGUGGAAAUGCAACUGGACUUGGAGCUACAGUUCUUGGUCCUCUGGAAGCACACAGUGGACUCAUGGUUGCAGAGGCUCUGUAUCAUCAACACGAUAAUGACACAGUAAUUCCAGCUACAAACAGAAUCUUUCGCUUUUCAAUGCGUCUUCCGAAUGGAUCCAUGUUGACCAAGGACACAAAACCAUUUCAGAUCACAACUCCUGCCAAGACCUUAGUCAUAACGCAACAACCUCCAACAACCACAUCUGCGAAUAGUGCAUUUGUUGUAAAGGCACAAAUUGUUGACUCAAGAGGCAGCGUUGUUUCUACAGGACUUGACUCCACAGCAUUUGUUGAUCUUCAAAUAUCAUAUGAAUACAAACAGUUUUAUCACUCUGUUGGAAAAGAAAUGUUUCUUUACAGCACUGCAGUUCGUAUGGAAAGUAGUGAAGCUAUUACCCAUGCAAGUACUUAUGACAGAAUAAUCCGAAAGAGAGCUGUAGGUGGAAAUGUCACUUUCAGUGAUAUCAAAAUCUUAGAUGUCCAUGCGAGUGUACGAUUCAAUUUGACAAUGACAACAGCGCAUGACCCCUGGAUCAGAACACCAAAUGACUACUCAGAUCUCGCAAGCAAGUUCAUCACUACUUUACCGAGUGGAGUAUUAGUAUUUUCAAUUAACACAUCAUACCCAUUGAGUGAUGCAGUCAAGUUAAGUAACUCUUUUGCUGUUACAGCACAAGUUGCCAGUACCCUGCAGAUGCUGACACAAACUGCAAACAUAAAAACCACGGUUGGAGCCAACUUUCCAAUUACUGAGGAAUUAAUAGUUGAAGUCAGGGAUGCAAGUGGUGCAAGAAUCUACUCAGGACCUGACUCAAGCUUGACUGUCACUGCUGUGGCUCAUCCAUCAACUGCAUGUUUAUCAACAGAUGCAAACUUCGUAACAACGGACGGCCAGGGCACAUUUGUUGGAUCUAUUUGUGAACCCAUUGUUUCAGUAACUCUUCGAUUUAGGAUUGUCUCAGCUGGAGGAUUAACCUUGAAUUCUGCACCGACUCCAAGUAUGGCCAUCAAUAAUGAAAUCUACAUCGCUUCCUAUAUAGAUAACUACCACUCAGGGUCCAGUUCAGAUGUGCAACCUCAUGUGGAAUCUUUCAUUCAGUUUGCAGUGAAUGACAUUAACAGUAAUGUCUUCGCAGGAAUACUUGAAAAUCGAACUCUACAUCUGCAGACCUAUAAUACUUGGAAUGAUAUCACCUCUACUGUCAACACGUACAGAAAAAUGAUUGAUGCUGGCAAGGCAGAACCAAGUAAAAUGGUGAGAGGAAUAAUUGGAUUUGGACAUAACGCACUGACACAGAGUAUUACCCCUCUCCUGAAUGGUGACAAGAUGCCUGUAAUAUCAACCAGGGAAAACAAGAUUGAAUUUGGAGACAAGUCACUGUACCCAUACUACAACAGACUGGCUUGGAAUGAGGGCGCUGCAAUUCACAGUGUGUUUCUUGCUGCAAAAUCAAGAAAAUGGACCCAUAUAUUGAUUAUACGAUCUGCAGGAUACGAACUUAACAAUAUCAUCUAUGACAAAGCUCAAAGCAAUGGAAUAAGAAUUAUGGGAGAGGUUGUAAUUCCAGAAUUAAGACCUGAGGAUUGGGUAAGAGGUGAUUUAGAUUAUACAAUGGCAAAAAUGAAAAACUUGGGAACAAGGAUCAUCUUUUCGUAUGUCACAGCUCCACUCAUCUACCAUGUCUUGAGAGAAGCUUACAACUACGGAAUGUCUUCCUUACAUGGAUACCAAUGGGUCUUUGUCAGCAUCUUUAUUUGGCAAUUCCCCUGGGGGAACCAGCAUGCAGAAUGUAUGGAGACACCGAUCUGUACAGUAGCUUAUAGAGGAACACAUGGAUUUGCGUCAACGUACGAUCUAACAGCCUACACGUCUGACGACUGGUUCAGAGUCAUGGGUUACCACAUGUAUAGUGAUCGAUCAGUUUACCAUGGCCGAGUCAAAUAUGUCAUCCAUGAGGUAGGAGCAGAGUUUGCUUUGGGCUAUGAUGCCGUCAGGGCAAUGGCAACAGCAAUGAGCGACUUGAUUGAUCAACGACAGACAAUCACUGGAGACAAAAUUGCACUGGCAGUGAGAAAUGUAACUUUUGCAGGAUUAACAGGAGGUGUAUCAUUUGACGUUCAGGGCAACAGACCUGGUUAUCGAGGAUUUCUUGUACAUUGUAAUCCUAUUCCACCACUGUUUGGAAUCCAGCCAACAAAUGUAGCCAUCUUUGUACGAACUAUGAUAAUGGACAGUGAAGAGGCAACUGAACAAUUAGAAGUUGUAAUGGAGGCCUUUUAUCCUCUCUACUUGCCGCCAUAUAAUUAUACGCUUGGACAGACUGCAUAUCCUAACACAACAAAAAUGAACACACGAUACUACAACUCUACAAGUGGUAUGCUUUCUAGAAAUACACAGAAUAUCGUACCAAUCCCUCCUUCUACAGCAACACCCGUUCCUAUGCUUCGAUCAGAACCUGCAGUGGCACCGUUCUUCUGUUCUUCUGGAUGUGGGGGACAUCUGCUAAAUCCCGCAGACAUCAAUUUCUAUACAUUUGGAACAUGCACAGCCAUGGAAACUUGCACAUGUGAACCUGGAUACUAUGGAGAUGAUUGUAGCAAUAUGAUCUGUUCCUGCAAAAACGGCAGAUGUGAUAUCCCAAGUGUUUGUAUCUGUGAAGCUGGUUGGCGUGGUGCUUUUUGUGAGCAGGCUAUUUGCAACCCUGGUUGUGGUGCAAAUGGGAUCUGCAAAUCCCCCGACACCUGCCAGUGUAGUGAUGGAUACACAGGGGGAACAUGUGGCACAGUUUUAGCUGUGGCUGUAAUUCUGCCAUUACUAUUUGGAGCAGCUUUGGCUGUUGGACUUUUCUUUCUCAUCAGAUUUCUCACCAGAAGGCAUGCUCGUUUGGCGUCUCUGCAAAACCUUGAUUGGUUGGUAAAGUGGGAUGACAUAACAGCAGCUGAUCGGGCCAUCAGUCUGCUCUCCACAGCCAGUGAUACUAAUGACAAAGUAACUGGUAAUGUCGUUACCUGGAGACAUCAGAAAUGCCAUGCACAGGACUUCAACAUCGACUCGCUUGACAUUAACAAUGAAAUUCUAAGAUUAGAGAUAGUUUUGAUGAAGGAAGUGCGUCACAACAAUAUCUUGACUUUCGUUGGUGCCUGUUUUGAUGCUCCACAUGUCUGUCUUCUCACAGAGGUGACACCAAAGGGAAGUUUAGAAGACCUACUGUCCAAUGAAUCUGUUAAACUGGGCUGGGAUUUCCGCUUCUCAAUACUGAAAGAUGUAUGUAGAGGAAUGGAUUUCCUACACAGAUCAGAAAUAGGAUCUCAUGGUCGACUUAAAUCCACCAACUGCUUGGUUGACAACAGGUGGACUUGCAAAAUUGCAGGGUUUGGAGUCCCAACAUUGAGAUAUGGGGCAAAGAGAUUAUCUGAGAAUGAGGAUGCGAGCAAGCCGAGUGCCCUAUUCUGGACUGCACCAGAGUUUCUGACUACCUGUUCAACCCUUGCUGAAGUUGAGUGUGGAUCAAAAGCAGGGGAUGUUUAUUCCUUUACUAUCAUUGUGACUGAAGUAUGCACCCGAGAACAACCUUUCACAUAUGAACUUCAAGUCAUGGAGCCCAAACACAUCAUCCAGAUGGUUAUUGACAAAGAUGAUCCACAGAACAGAGAAGCCCAAUCAUUGUGGAGAGAACUUAAAGCAGAUACCAUGAAACCGUUCAGACCAUAUGUUGAAGAAACCUUUUUACCAGAAGACUAUGACGCAAAAGCCAAUAUGACAAAGUUGUUGGAAGCUGGGUCACAUCCAAAUCCAGAAUCAAGGCCGGUUUUUAAGGAAAUGUUAAUGAGGUUAAAUGAAAUUCAUCCUGUCAAGGGUGAACUGAUAGACAAUCUCGUCAAUAUGCUAGAGAAAUACUCCAGUAACCUGGAGUCAAUUGUAGCUGAUAGGACAAAGGAGCUACAGGUGGAGAAAGCCAAAACAGAACAACUUGUCAGUCAGAUGUUGCCCAAGAAGGUUGUUGAGGAUCUUAAGCAUGGCAGAAAAGUUGAUCCAGAGAGCUUUGAAUGUGUCACCAUUUUCUUCAGUGACAUCGUGGGUUUCACAGCCAUUGCAAGAAAUAGUACUCCUCUACAAGUUGUAGAUUUGCUAAAUGAUCUGUACACAACAUUUGAUGCCAUUUUGGACAACUACGAUGUAUACAAAGUAGAAACAAUUGGCGAUGCUUACAUGGUGGUGAGUGGGUUGCCAAUCAGGAAUGGCAAUCUCCAUGCAGGAGAAAUUGCCACCAUGAGCCUUGACCUGCUAUCCUCCAUGAUUGGCUUCAAGAUAAGACACAUGCCUGAGGAAAUUCUACAGCUUCGUGUGGGGAUGCACUCUGGCCCUGCUGUGGCUGGUGUGGUUGGUCUCAAGAUGCCCAGAUACUGUCUGUUUGGUGACACUGUCAACACAGCAUCUAGAAUGGAGUCCAGCUCAAUAGCCUUGAGGAUCCACAUGAGUUCGAAGACGGCAGAUAUCCUCAUGGUGCUUGGUGGCUACAAGUUGGAUUGUAGAGGAGAGCGAGAAGUCAAGGGCAAGGGAGUGAUGACUACCUACUGGCUAAUGGGCAAAGACGACUUCACUAAACCUCUCCCUGACAUGUCAAUGGCUGCUUCACUGUCGAAGCAUGAAUUCAAAUGAACUGAUAAGAAUCGGAUGAACCUGAAGACAUUCUUUCUCAUGUGCCAGAAUUCUCGGUGUAAUUCUGAUAACGUCAUGAUUUCCUUGAUUUGUUCUCUCAUAUAUUGUUAAGUUGACUAAUGUGUCAAUGGUUUCGUGAAUUCAUUGUGAAUUCUGUGUCUAAGCAAUGACUGUGAUGGUGUAAAGGAUAUUGUUGAAUUUCUUGUUGAAAGUUGUUGACAUUGUGGUCUGUUGAAGUGGUUCUCAUGAAAUGUGUAUGUCACUUCACAUUUAAUUCUCCAGACUUCCUGGAAACACAAGAACUUGCUUGAAGCAACAUUUGUACCAUUACAUUUCUUGGCUACUCGUAGUCUCAUUCUGUCCGAAGAAAGUUUAAAAUCAUGUGUAGGUGUAAUGCAUAUAUACAUAUACUGGGGUACUGUAUAAAGUGACCUCACCAAUAACAUAACUCCAGCACACGGCAAUGUGUGUUGACAUGGUGGGACACCAAACGGGUGACCUUGAAAAAAACCCUCAUUUCAUUUGAAGUCCGAAUAUAAGUGAGACAAUGGGAGUCUUAUUUCUUGUAAUUACAUUGCAUUUUAGCUUUCUAGGCUUAGUCUUUAACUAUUAGCCUGUUUAUUAUAUAUAUAUUUUACAGAAAUUGGGCGCUUCUGCAGUGGAAUCUAUAUUAUAUAGGUUUUCCGUAAUAACAUUUCUGUCAUUCACCUUGGGCAGCUUGAGGUUUCAGAUGUAUAACACAACAAAGGUGAACAUGUCAAAAUCAAUUCAACUUGCACACCAUAUAAGUUGUGUUUGUAAAUCAGACCAAGAUUCUUUUGUAUUUGUACUUCAUGUUACACAUGGACUUGGUGAAAUGUCAUCAGGUUUAGUAUCUUCAGUUUGAAGAAGCAGAAGGUUCAUCAAUAUCUUCACUAUCAUUACAGAAUGUGCCUUAAACCACAUGCUCUGUGCGUAUGUGAAGUAAGUCUUUGUAAGUUGAUGCGUGAAUAAAAUAACUAUAGGCUAUAUAGACUGCUGUCAGAGAAUAUUGCUCGAAUCUGAAGCCCCAUUCUGGUAAUCAUAGCUUUAGACUCGGUCUGACAAUCUGCUGAGGUUACAUCAACAAAGAAUCUCAAAGAACUGCUUCUGGCUGGUAGACACGUAAGGUUUUGGCAGGUGCAGUUCAUUUCACCUUUCCGAGAAGACAUACUGGGAGUACGACAUUUGUAAGCAAGAAUCUGACUUGUCACUUCUGCAACUGUUUCAUUUUCUCGUCCUUUAUAUUGUAACUUCCUUAUGAAUAUUGUGUAUGUUUUAGGUACUGUUCCUUAUUUGGAUGUUCUUUUAAAUGAUAUUUUUACUGUGAACAUACACAAACUGCAAAAGUUUGGGGCCGUGUAUUCAAUUGAGACAGAUUACUAUUAACAUUUAUAAAAUCUAUGAACUAUUGACCAUUAAGGAUGUAAUCUCUUUCAGAUUGAAUACAUAUCCCUGUUUUCAUGAGUACCUAUAUUUAUCAAUUAUUUAUUGUGAAGAAACUGUUCUUGUUUAUUGCACGAGUUAUUUUUGUUGAGGAAAUCUAUAGUGGAUUUGUGAUGAACUGCUCAUUGGCAAGAUAUCAUGCUGAAUAAAAGGUUUAAAAUUUG